AUGUUUCCUCUCCUCGCGGCGUCUCUUCUGCUGCUGGGACAGCAGACAGCGACCGUGGCUGCUUCGAAACAGACACUCUCGCCCUUCGAUUGCAGCAAUGUAGCCGUCUCGAGCAAGCAGUCUUUCGACCUGUCGAAAAUCGCCUUUCCCAUUCGUACGUCGAGUCAAGAGUCGACACCGCCAACAGAUACAAAGACCUCCAUCGACAUCGAUCUCUGCAAGCCGCUUGAGGCCGACCCCAACCGUGACGUGAAGGAUCAGUGCCCGCGUGGAACCAGGAUAUGCAUCACCAUCGAGACCAUCCGCGACGGCAACACCUUUGUCACACAGGCCAUCCCUGUCGCUUACUCGGGCGAAUCAGGAGGUAACAAGAUCGAUGCAAAAGUCGAAUGGGGCGAAGAGCUCGAAGGCGGUGAGAAGAGCAUCCAGCUCCAACUUCCCGGAGCCACCUACGUUGAGCGCGAGCAAAAGGCAGAACUUGAGCUUGUCUGCGAUCCAAAGGCCGGCGCCGAAUCGCUCCCCACAGCUAGGUCUUACGAUCGAGCAGAUGGAAAACUCAAGCUGCGCUGGCCAACAAAGUUCGCAUGCUCUUCUGCUGCAUCCAAACCGAGCAACGGUGGAGGUAACAGUCCCUCGAAAGGCGGCACGGGCGGCGACACAGACCAAGGCGACGAUGGCAGUGGAUCGACUGCAUCGGCAGGGUGGGGCUUUUUCAGCUGGCUCUUCUUCCUGCUCUUUGUCGGCUUUAUUGGGUAUAUGGGUGUCGGCAUGUACAACAACUAUAACAACUAUGGAGCGAGCGGCUGGGAUCUCGUACCUCACAAGGAAUUUUGGCGAGAGUGUCCGUACAUUGCUCGUGAUGCUGCCACACAUGUCUGGCAGACGGUUUCGGGUAAUCGCGGUGGUGGCGGGUUCGGCGGUGCGGGUGGACGAGGAGCGUACGAACCGAUCUAA